AUUAUGCUAUGUUUCAUGUUUCUUUAAUUUAAUCUUUUUAAGAUAAGAUGUUUGUAGAAAUCCUAAUUAAAAUUAUACUUUUAGAAACACCCAAUGUUUUUGUUCAAAGGAUAAUUAAAGAAUGUAAAUAAUUUAAUUAACUUUGCGUAGACUACAGCAAACAGUAGGGUUAGCUAUUCGUUUGAUCAAGUCUACAAGUCAUCUACCAAAACUUUUAUUCACCAACAUGUCUACCUCUUCUACUUCAGUCAAAAGGAAACUUAGCGUCUUUCAACCUAUCAGCGUCUGCAGACAAUCUCCCAAUUACGUUCAAUUAAUGGAAGAUGACCAGCUUACUCAGAGUAGCCAUUCAAAGUCGAGUUUCAAAGAGGAACUCUUCAACAACUUGCCAUCAUUUAUGUCUGAAGAUGAAAUUUCGGCUCAGCACAGAUCGCAAAACAAAGAGAAGUCUACUUUAGAACCAAAUAUCUUUUACCUUUCGAGUCCAAGGCUUAAGAAAAGAACGGAGUCUACGUUGAGACAUGGAGGAUCAAAGUUUUAUUCAUUUAUGCGAAGCGGAAUAUUAUCACCGAAAAAGUUAAAAGUAAAACUGUUUGACAGAAAACGAAUACAAAAUAAAUCGCCCGCUGAGAGAGAAACGUGCAGGGAUAUUGUUAUAGAGAAGCUAGCACUAAAAUACAAGAGAAAAUGUCAAAGAUUAUUACACAACUUUGCAGGAGAAACAACUGCCCAUGGCUAUAAGAGAUGGAUAUCUCGAGAAAGAAGUCUAUGGUUGAAGUGUGCCUGGAUCGUACUUCUAUUGACUGUUCUCUGCCUCCUGAUUUCUUCUCUUCAGGGAAUAGUAGCCGACAAUCAACUGAAUUCUUUCACUAGUAGCUUCACGUCACAGCGUCAUGACGCCAUUGCAUUCCCAGCAAUCACUGUUUGUAACAUCUUCCCCUACAACCUGAAUUCAAACAACUCUGUGCUCGUCAGCGAUAUAUAUUAUAAGCAGCUCCGAUUGAUGGAACAUUCCGGAAAAGCUGCGACUGAAUGGAAUGAAAACAUUGAUGAUAGCUUUUUACUCUCCAACCUUAGCCUCUUUAGUUGGGAUUUGAACUCAUUCCUAGCGUCUUGUGCAUGGGAAAACGUUUCUUUCAAAUGUUCCGACAUUUUCGUUCGAACAAUCUCUCAAUCAAUGUCUUGUUUUACAUUUAAUGCUGACCUGACUAAUAUCAGAUACGCUAACAGAGUUGGCAGUGACAGUGGUCUGAGUCUAAAGAUCAACCUUGGACAUUUCCUUCCAGGUCAAAGAACUGCAGGAGUCAAAAUUAUUCUUCAUGACUCCACUGAGUUUCCAAAUACUUUCAACAGAGGAAUUCUUGUAGCACCCAACACAACAGCGUAUAUCAGUCUAGAUAAAAAAGAGUCCAAGUACUUGUCCUUACCUCACAAAGCUUAUGGUACUGAGUACUGUUUCGACUACCUGCAAGAUGGCGGCAUCAUUAGGUCCGAGUUCUAUCGUAGGUCCGGCUACUCCUGGUGCUUAGCAGAGUGCAGGUUCAAGAGAAUCAUCCGCACGUGCCAGUGUAGCAUGGCUGGAGACCCAGAUGUUCCUGGAAUUCCACUCUGUACAGUUAAAGGAUAUUUUCAAUGUUAUCUACCGAUGCAAAUCAUUGCUUACAAAGAGACACCAAGUAACCAAUCAGAUUGCUACUGUCCUCUGCCAUGUUAUAAGGUAGAGCAUGCUGGGAAGAUUUCUACAGCUGCGAUCAUCAACACGUCAGGUUUCGUAGAUGGUAUCCCAGGCAGCAACUCGCUUAUUGAAAUAACAAUUUACUAUGAAGAACUUCUGACUCUGAUGGAAGAGCAUGUGCCGAAAUAUCUUUUACCAGAUCUCCUGGGUGCUAUUGGAGGUCAGAUUGGCCUGUUCACUGGAGCAAGUAUCUUAACACUUCUGGAGUUCUUGGAGCUUGUGUAUCUUCUUGUGUGUGUACUCGUCUCCUUUGUGUACAAUUAUAUUCAGGUCAAAUGGAGGACUCAAGAAUACGUCCAUUGACAUAGGGCAUGUACACAUUAGGAUACGUAUUGACUCAAGGGACAUUGGAUUAUGCCAUUGUUGAGAUUCCGGUAUUACAAAUGAUGACAUUAAGAUAUGACAUUUGUUAGUUCAAAUGUUAUAGUGCCUUAGCUUGCAAUACUUUAACAUUUGAGUUCGAUUGGUUGCUUCUAGAAUCUGUUAUCUUUUAAAAUGUGUUUGUUAAUAUUGUUUUUUAUUUAAACUUUAAUUUAAUUGAAAUCCAGUGGGAUUUAUGAAAUUAUUAAUUGAUUUUACUUUAAUAAAAUUUGGAGGUUCUUUUUGAAAAUGUCCCCAAAAUGAGUUAUAGCUUCUUAUAUAUGGAUCAGAAAUAAAACGAAACAAAUUCUGAGUUUUGCAC